CUUUCUUCUAUCAUAUACAUCCAAUACAAACACUACGAAAAAUUUUAGCAUCCACAACUGACCUUCUCCUUUCAUCUAUCUCCAAAGAAUUUCAGCAUCAACAACUAGAAAAUGAAGAAAGGGCUCAGCUGAAGAACAAUUUUCUACCAGUCACUUAUUUUGCAGGCAUAGAAGUUGAAUUAGUACAUUUUCAGCGCGCAUUUCGGAUUUUCUUUCAAGUAGAGAAAAAUGGUGGAAGGAGGAGCACACCCCUCUAGUAAGACAGAAUUCACAGAAUGCUGGAAGACGACAUGGCGGACGCCUUACAUUAUGCGCCUCGCGCUCUCUGCCGGCAUUGGAGGCCUUCUUUUUGGAUAUGACACAGGUGUCAUUUCUGGGGCGCUGCUAUACAUUCGUGAGGACUUUGACGAAGUUGACAAGAAAACAUGGCUGCAAGAAACCAUUGUGAGUAUGGCAGUUGCAGGCGCUAUCAUUGGUGCUGCAAUUGGAGGAUGGAUGAACGAUGCCCUCGGCCGCAAGAAAUCAAUACUAAUAGCAGAUGUGGUGUUCUUUGUGGGUGCAAUAGUUAUGGCAGUGGCUCCAACUCCUUGGGUGAUCAUCAUUGGAAGAAUCAUAGUUGGUUUGGGAGUUGGAAUGGCUUCCAUGACCGCACCCCUUUACAUUUCAGAAGCCUCUCCUCAUAGAAUCAGAGGAGCUCUUGUUAGUACAAAUGGUCUUCUCAUCACAGGAGGUCAGUUUUUGUCAUACCUCAUCAAUCUGGCAUUCACCAAGGCUCCUGGAACAUGGCGUUGGAUGCUUGGAGUUGCCGGUCUACCAGCUGUCGUUCAGUUUGUUUUGAUGUUGUCUCUCCCUGAGUCUCCAAGAUGGCUCUACCGAGAUAACAAGGUUGACGAAGCUAGGGCCAUCUUAGCUAAAAUCUAUCCUCCAGAAGAGGUUGAUGAUGAAAUGAAGGCCUUGCAUGAAUCCGUCGAAUUCGAAAAGUCUGAGGAAGGAGCUAUUGGGAAAACCAUGAUCGAAAAACUAAAGAGUUGUUUCAGCAACACCGUGGUCCGAAGAGGACUCUAUGCAGGGAUCACAGUCCAAGUCGCUCAGCAAUUUGUGGGUAUCAACACUGUCAUGUAUUACAGCCCAACCAUAGUUCAAUUUGCUGGAUUCGCAUCCAACCAAACGGCUAUGGCACUUUCUCUCAUCACUUCUGGCCUCAAUGUGGUUGGCACACUCAUCAGCAUGUGCUUUGUGGAUAGAUAUGGAAGGAGAAGGCUCAUGAUCAUUUCCAUGUUAGGAAUCAUCAGUUGCCUUAUCGUGUUAGCUGGAGUGUUCUUCUAUGCCGCAUCUCAUUCUCCAACUGUUAGCCACUUGGAAUCCAAUCACUUUGGCACCAACACUACAUGUCCAGCUUAUGUUUCUGCUACUAAUCCUGCAGCGUGGAACUGCAUGACAUGCUUGAAAUCAACAGAAUGCGCCUUCUGUGCUAGUAAAGUUGAAAAUCUUGCCCCGGGAGCUUGUUUGGCUGCAAAUGAUAACAUAAGGAGUCAAUGUCGUGGAGAACAUAGGGUAUGGUACUCUAAAGGGUGUCCUAGCAAAAUUGGUAUCUUUGCAGUCAUUUUGUUGGGAUUGUACAUCAUUGUGUAUGCACCUGGAAUGGGAACUAUUCCUUGGAUUGUGAACUCAGAGAUUUACCCAUUGAGAUACAGAGGCACUGGUGGAGGGAUUGCUGCAGUUUCCAACUGGACUGCAAAUCUCAUAGUGAGUGAGACAUACUUGACCCUCACCAAGGAACUGGGUUCGGCUGGAACUUUCCUCCUAUUUGCUGGGUUUUCUACCAUCGGGCUUAUAUUCAUUUACUUCCUGGUUCCUGAAACCAAAGGAAUGCAAUUCGAAGAGGUCGAGAAGUUGCUUCAGAAGGGUUUCCGACCCAAGUUAUUUGCUCCAAAGGACACCAAAGGUAAGCAGAAGGUUGAGGGGUCUGCUUGAGCUGAUCCACAACAUUAAUUCGCCGGUGAAUAAUUCUAGAAGGGCAGGACCAUAUCGUCAUAUAGGAUGUAUAAGUAGAUGUAUAUGUUUCAAACUUGCAAU